GAUGCGCAGCGCCUCCCCAACUGGUCCCUCACUUUGACAAAUUCCUGGUCGUGAGCGGGUCUGCUGAGUGGCUUCUCGCACGUAAAGAUGAUACCUUAAAUAUUUUAGAAGUUGAACAGCUCUGCCACAUCUCUCCCUUCCCCCCCGCCACCCCCAUUGAUAGACUAUCACUUAGGUGGAACACAAUGGGACUGGGGUCAUUUUGGAGUUUUUCUCUUCUGGCUUUCGCGUUGUUCUACCCCUUCCACUCCAAGUUGGUGGCUCAAGCGGAAAUAAGUUCUCCCCGAGCAAACGGCAGAUUUGAUCGCCCGGAGGUCAGGCCACUGGAAGCAGGUGUGCGCCGAGAAUCAACGGAGGUCAAAUUCUCGCUCAAAGCCGACAAUUGCACGAAACUUUUAAACGCUUUUGAAACGGAAGGAGUCGGUGCUUUGGAACCGAACAAUGGCAAGCAAGUGGGGAAUGACACACUGAGCGGACUCAGAGACGAGGCACCGGUCGCCGCCGAGACCGCACCGAACUAUCGCGGACGUCUCAGAAUACCUGGGAAAAAGUACGGUAACAUUUCCGAGGACAACCGAAGGCGACCUACGGCGAAUGUAUGGGCUAGAAAGAAGGCAAAAAGGAGUGUGGGGCCAACAUACAGCGAAAAUGUGGAUAGGAGUAUCAGCGGAGAGGCGGGAGAGAGAUCCGUGGAGACUGUCCAAGGUGUCUCCAACUCCAGAGCCGAGUACCGGCGCACCGGGGAGGAAGCCAGAGGGUCUAACCCGAGACAAAGUGAGCCUCACCUGGACACCUCGACUUUUGCUCUGUCGGGAGACUCGGCACACAACCAGGCGAUGGUGCACUGGUCCGGACACAACAGCAGCGUGAUCCUGAUCUUGACUAAGCUGUAUGACUUCAACCUUGGGGCUGUUACUGAGAGCUCACUAUGGAGAUCCACUGAUUACGGAAGCACCUACACCAAACUCAAUGACAAAGUGGGUUCAAGAACAGUUUUAAGUUACCUGUACGUCUGUCCUACCAACAAACAGAAGAUAAUGAUGCUUAGCGACCCAGAGGUAGAGAGUGCUGUUCUCAUCAGUUCAGAUGAAGGGGCAAGCUUUGAGAAGCAUCUCAUUAACUUCAACAUCCUGAGCCUGCUCUUCCACCCGGCACAGGAGAACUGGAUACUGGCUUACAGUCAUGACAGCAAGCUGUACAGUUCAAUGGACUUUGGGAGGAAGUGGCAGCUUGUUCACGACAACGUGAUGCCAGGCCGAUUCUACUGGGCCGCAGUGGGGCUGGACAAAGAAUCAGAUGUGGUCCACAUCGAGACGCUCAUCGCAAAAGGCCGCGCUCAGUACGUGAAGUGCAGAGCCCAACGAUGCACAGAAGGCAACAGACAGUACCUCUUUCCUGGACAUGUAGACACCAACUCACUGGUUGUGCAGGAUGAAUAUGUUUUCACACAGGUAACCAAGUCAGGACGAGCCAGCUACUUUGUCUCCUACAUGAGAGAAUCCUUCAAGCGGAUGAAAUUACCUAAAUAUUGUCUUCCAAAGGACAUGCAUAUUAUCAGUACAGAUGAGAAGCAGGUCUUUGCUGCAGUCCAGGAGUGGAACCAGAACAAGACUUACACCUUGUAUAUCUCAGACUCCCCCGGGGUCUACUUUACCCUUUCAUUAGAGAAUCUGAGAACCAGCAGAGGACCCGCCGGUAACCUACUGGUCGACUUUUACAAGGUUGAGGGGAUAAAUGGCAUGUAUCUCGCCAACAAGCUGGUGAAUAAUCACAUCAAGACUUUUAUCACCUACAACAAGGGACAAACAUGGGCCCUUGUGCCAGCUCCUGCCAUGGAUGUGGCUGGAAAUAACCUUCACUGUAUUCUGCCAUUUUGUUCGCUGCAUCUUCAUCUGGAGAUGCUGGAGAAUCCCUACACGUCUGGACCCAUCACCAGCAAAAAGUCUGUACCCGGAAUCAUUGUGGCGACAGGGAAUAUCGGAACAGAGCUGUCCUCCACCAACCUUGGGAUGUUUAUAACGUCUGAUGCAGGAAAUAGCUGGAGACAGAUUUUCGAGGAAGAACACAACAUUUGGUUUCUUGACAAUGGAGGGGCUUUGCUGGCAGUCUUACAUGCACCGACGCCAAUUCGACACUUAUGGAUCAGUCUCGAUGAAGGAAAGAAGUGGGACCGUCACAGUUUCUCCUUGGCACCUCUGUAUGUUGAUGGGGUUUUAAUGGAGCCAGAAUCUGAAAAUCACAUUAUCACUUUCUUUGGACACUUCAGCCAUCGGUCAGAGUGGCAGCUGAUCAAGAUCGACUACAAGGGCCUCUUUAGCAGGAGAUGCAUGGAUGGAGAUUAUCAAACAUGGCACCUGCACAACAAGGGAGAGCUGUGUGUGAUGGGCGAGAAGCAGAUCUUUAUGAAGCGCAGGCCAGGCAACCGUUGCAUGCUUGCCCAGGACUAUUCCAGGAUCUAUUCCUCAGAGCCAUGCUUCUGCACAGCCUAUGAUUUUGAAUGUGAUUAUGGAUGGGAGCGCCAGGUGGAUGGGAAUUGUUCCCCUGCUUUUUGGUUUGAUCCAAGCGGUGCGGCUAAAAGCUGUGGCACCAGCCAAAGCUUCCUUAACAGCACAGGGUAUCGGAAGGUUUUGUCCAAUAACUGUAAGGAGGAGGGGAGGAACGUGUACUCGCCCAGGAGGCAGGUGUGUCGUCCCAGACCACCCCGAGGCCUCCGGCUGUCCACCAGUCAAGGAGAGCUCAGUGCCACUGUUGGAAGUAACGUUACUUUCAUGGUCUACCUCGACGAUGGAGACUCGCUGAGGACCAGCAUCCAGCUGGACUUCGGGGACGGCAUCAAGAUUACAUACUCUAACCUGAGCAGGACUGAUGAUGGCAUCAGGCACAUCUAUAGAACAACUGGGAUUCACCGAGUGACAGCUUUGGCUGAAAACAGCCAGGGAUCUGACAGCAGCACACUGUUUUUACACAUCACCAGUCCAGUGGAGCGUGUAUAUCUCUCCGCUCCUAUUGUGGCCAUCAGGGGGAAGGAGGCUAAUCUGACUGUGUUGGUUUUGCCGAGUCACACCAGAACACUGACCUUCUUCUGGUGGUUUGACAACAGCUCCGAGCCCAUUAUAACCUUGGAGGGAAGCAUCUCAUACAUGUUUCAGAGAGAGGGAAAAAACAAGGUCACGGUCCAGAUUUCUUCCGGGAGCACCAUAAUGCAGGAUUCAAAAGUUAUAACCGUUAAAGAAUUCUUCCGGUCGCUGCUGUUGUCAUUCUCGCCAGCGCUUGACGAGCACAAUCCUGACAUCCCCGAGUGGAGGGAAGACGUAGGCCGUGUGAUGCGGACAGCUCUGUCACAGGUGUCUGGGGUUCCUGAAGAUCAGCUGCUGGUGUCUCUGUACCCGGGACUUCCAACUACAGCCGAGCUCUUUAUCCUGCCUGAUGAACAUACAUCAAGUGAGGACAAGAGAAGGAGUGAGGAGGCUGUAGAGAUGAUAUCAGAUAUUUUUGUCACUGCCCUGAACCAAGGCCUGAUCCAGUUUGAGCUGAAAGCUGAUAUUCGCAUUGUUGUGUACAUGACUCAGCAAACUUUGGCAACCCUUGUGGAUUCAAACUCCAUCCACAGUGGGUCAGCCAUGCUAAUGCUGCUCACUGUGGUAUUUGUUGGUUUAGCUGCAUUCUUCAUCUACAAGUUCAAAAGGAAAAUCCCUUGGAUCCAUGUUCAGACUGAGGACAGUCAUGAGAAAGAACCGGAAGUGAUCAGCACAGUCGGUCAGAGCAACAACAUGUCCAAGGUGAAGCUCAGUGAGUUUCCCUCUCCAAAAGAACUCAUGGCAAAGGAUCUGGAGGCCAGGAGCAGAGGAGGAAUUGGAAGAAAUAUGGAGAGAAUUGUCACAAGGGAAUUUCCAAACUGUACUAAUGUCUAAGACAUGCGCUCUGUCACUGAGUAAGUACAGAUUGCUGUGUUACAAUUGUGCUGAAAUUGUUUGCUUUGUUGGCAUUGUUUGUAUUUAUUUAUUUAUUUAUUGAUUUCACGCUGAUAGCUGCUAUUGUUCAAAGUCAUGUUUUUAACUCCCACGGAUAGAGUACGUAUGUAGUUUACAAAAGUUGAUGAAGAUCAAUAUACCGAGCCAGACUGCGGGGCCUCUAGUUCGAGGGCGGUGAAUUGCUGAAAUUGGCUGAUAACUACAGUACCCGGCACAAAAAUGUCCAAUUUGCAUCAGGAAUCCGUGUUUUUCACCAACGACGUGGAUGUGACAUUAAUUAUUUGGGUAUAUUACGAAUACUCAGAUGAUACUGCCAAUUUUUUUUACUCCCUGUGACGUCCAUAUGGGUCUUUAUUAGGAUAAUAUAUGAAUAGGAGGCACAGACUGAGUCACUAACAUAAAAUAUGUCAAAAGCUUUGACAGUGGGCUACUGUAAGAGACAGCCUGAUGUAAUGUAAAUGGGAAAAAGUUAGUGCAAGAGAAAGAAUGCAUAGGUUUUACUGGAUAAAUUUUAAAUGCAGCAUUGAAUUUAAAUUUCAUGAGCCAAUUUACGGCUAUUUAGGCCUUCAAGGCAUAUCAUAUCAUCCAGGGCUUAAAUCGAUAAACUAAUUCAAGGUAAUAAAAAUGUUUCUGAAAUCUCACAGUACUUGUUGAUAAUGUUUCCCUCUGUCACACAAACUGAACCAACAGGCCAUAAAAUUUGUCAAGUGUUACCUUUUUAUGUUGUUUUCUUUUUUUUUUCCAGAAUUUUGCCUCUUUUCUUUACGUCCCAAAUGAAUAAUAAAACUCGAACUCAUUAUAGAGUUGUUAGUGAAGGCAGAGCAGGUUGCGCUACCUACAUACGACAGAAAUAUAAUUAAUAGGCCAUUUUAGGUUUAGUUGUCAUCUCAUUAUGACACUUUAUGCUCUGGAUAAACAUUAACAUUUACCGCCCUAUAACUAGAGGUCUUUGAGAUGUAAAUAUCGCGAAUAUAUAUAAAAAUGUUGUGAAUGCUUCUAAGAAAGAAAUGUGUAGCUGGUUUUGCUCUGUAAGAUAACAUGGUGCUUUCAACGACGGUCUCUCAGAUGAUGGCACACAACAAAACCGUGAUACUGUAUAUGGACAUGAAAUUCUGGCCUUACAAGUGGAAAUGCCAACAACUUGUACAUAGAAUAAGAUGGAAUGUAAAUUUAUACGGUAGCUUCAUCUUACUUUAUUGUAAAGUCAACCCACUGAACAGGCAGCAGUAUGUUUCCAUGACCUUCAGUCUCACAACAAGCUGUAUGUCCUCUUUUUUU